AUGCGCAGACUGAUCGCAGAGGUAGUAGACGUCUGCGGCUUUGCCGGCAGACAGAACCAAAUCAGCGAGGUGCGGGUGAACGCGAGCGUGAGCACGUCUAUCCCGUUCGAGGUGCACGUUAGCGAUGCGGCUUUCUUCGAGAAGCUAUACCGAAACGGGGGACGCUGGAAGAAGUACGCGUGGGUCAUCGACGCUCACAACGCCGGGGGCGCCACCAUAUUCACGGCCGACCACGACCAGCAUAAGGCGCGCCGACACCCCCUGAAUGCCUACUUCUCCAAGGCCAGGAUCGCUAGCCGCCGAGACCUCUUUCGCCGUAAGGCGGGUAAACUCUGCGAGAGAAUUACCGAGUUCGCGGGAACAGAACAGGACGACUUUGGUGUUGGUAUGACACUGUUCAGCCUCGGCGGCGGCAAGAUGUGGCGCCUUAGCAAGCAUAUCCGCUGGUAUGGUCCCGCUAUGCUCGCUAUACCGAAGGACUUCCUCAUCGAGAACGCCGACGAGGCCACGGCUAACUUUAUGCGCUAUGCUAAGGCAAGUCCGCUCGACGUGGCUAUCGUAACCGGCGCUGGCAUCGAGACAACCACCAGCGUCAUCAGGCUGAUAAUUUACCACGUCUUCAGCAACCCUGAGCUAUAUCCAGACCCAAAGGGGUUCCACCUGGGACGGUGGGUAGACCCGGUGGCCUGGAGGAAGGCCGAGAAGACUCUGGCGUGGGCGGCUAUGCACAUAGUCGUCUCCGAACUUGUCCAUCCAUUCGACUUCGAAUUCAAGGAUGUGGCGCCGGACCACUUCGAGUUUGAGAGUGACCAGUUUAUUAUCGGGACCAAAGGCAAGUCGUUUCUGAAAACAGUCGUCAGUCUUCGCAAGGGGUGA